CCGUAAGCCAAUCAGAUGUCAGGAUAAGGCUCCGACAACAAACAAAAGAUCUGGGCUGUUUGAGCUCGUUGACUUUACUCAUCGCUUGGCUUUAAACGCUGCUUGACACUUUGAUCCGACCUCCAGCUCGCCUUUCAUUCAUCUGCUUGUCAUCCGGUGUGGCAGCGUGUCUUCUUCCAGUGACUGUCUUGUUUGUCCGCUAAUGUCAACCUGAGUAGUUUUCAGCGAUCGCUUUGCCUUUGGUGGCCAAGCUAACGUUAGCCAGGCUAGCUGCUAGGCUAACCAGCUCUGGCUGCUUCUCUGCGGCCAGCGGAGCCAGUUAGCAUAGCCUGCUAGCUAGUGAGCUUUGCUGCCGAAACUUGACUGACACAAGAAGCUGUGGCUUGCUGCUGACAAGCCACUUUGGCAAACGUCGUGUUGUAGCCAUGUCGGGACAGUCGUCAGGCUGUGGCUUCCUCAUGUCGGUGGUUGUCCACGGAGACUCUGCUCUCAACGAGCAGGAAAAGGAGCUCAACCGGCGGUUGCGACGGCUCUACCCAGCCGUCAAUGAAAACGAGACCCCGCUGCCUCGCUCCUGGAGCCCCAAGGACAAGUUUAGCUACAUCGGGCUGUCACAGAACAACCUUCGUGUGCACUAUAAAGGUCAUGGCAAGACACCGAAAGACGCGGCAUCCGUCCGGGCCACUCACCCCAUCCCGGCGGCGUGCGGAGUUUACUACUUUGAGGUGAAGAUCAUCAGCAAAGGCCGAGACGGGUACAUGGGCAUCGGCCUCUCCGCUCAGGGUGUCAACAUGAACAGACUGCCUGGUUGGGACAAGCACUCGUACGGUUACCAUGGAGAUGACGGCCACUCCUUCUGCUCAUCUGGCACCGGGCAGCCAUACGGGCCCACGUUUACGACAGGUGACGUGAUUGGCUGCUGCGUCAACCUCAUCAACAACACUUGCUUCUACACAAAGAAUGGACACAGCCUCGGGAUCGCCUUCACAGACCUACCACCCAACUUGUACCCGACUGUGGGCCUGCAGACUCCAGGGGAAGUGGUGGACGCCAACUUUGGCCAGCACCCAUUUGUCUUUGACAUAGAGGACUACAUGCGCGAGUGGAGGACAAAGAUCCAGGCACAGAUUGAUCGCUUCCCCAUCGGAGAGCGUGAGGGCGAGUGGCAGUCCAUGAUUCAAAAGAUGGUGGCGUCCUACCUGGUGCACCACAGUUACUGUGCCACCGCCGAAGCCUUUGCCAAGACCACCGACCAGGCCGUCCAGGAGGAGCUGGCCUCCAUCAAGAACCGACAGAAGAUCCAGAAGCUGGUGCUGUCAGGCAGGAUGGGCGAGGCUAUUGAGACCACCCAGCAGCUCUACCCAAACCUCCUGGAGAGGAACCCAGACCUGCUUUUCAUGCUCAAGGUCAGACAGUUCAUUGAGAUGGUGAAUGGGACAGACAGUGAGGUGCGGUGUCUGGGAGGUCGCAGCCCCAAAUCUCAGGACAGUUACCCUGGCUCACCCCGUCCCUUCAGCAGCCCCACCCACAAAGCUGGCGGUUCACAGUCCUACCUGACAGGCUUCGACAGUAACUGCUGUAAUGGCGUGACAUCCAAUAAGAGCCACAGCUCCUCCCCUAACAGUCACAAGCCCGGACCCACGGGCUCAGGCUCCACCACCCCUGCAUCUGACAUCAGCCUGAAUGGAAGCUGCAUCCAGCCGCCCCUGACCAGCAACGACAUAGACAUGGAGGUGGAUCACUUCACCAACGGCGUCACAGAGUCCUCCUCCAACGGCUUCCUGAACGGCAGCUCCAAACACAUAACCGAGCCCGACGAAUGCGAUGCAGACAUGGAGGUGGAAUCUGCUCAGUUCAAGCGGCAGCUGUGCGGCGGCAGUCAGGCAGCCAUCGAAAGGAUGAUCCACUUUGGCAGAGAGCUGCAGAGCAUGAGCGAACAUCUCCGCCGCGAGUGUGGGAAGAACUCUGCCAACAAGAAGAUGCUCAAGGAUGCCUUCAGCCUGUUGGCCUACUCGGACCCCUGGAACAGCCCGGUGGGCUACCAGCUGGAUGCCAUUCAGAGAGAACCUGUGUGCUCCACCCUCAACAGUGCAAUAUUAGAGACACACAACCUGCCUAAGCAGCCCCCCCUGGCCCAGGCUGUGGGUCAGGCCGCCCAGUGCCUCGCCAUCAUGGCACGAACAGGCAGCGGCUCCUGCGCCUUCGCCGCCGUGGACGAUUACCUGCACUAGCCCCACAUAUGCAUGCACACACACACACACACACACACACUCACACACUCACACAGAGUCCAGAAAUGUGCUCCUCCCAGCCCCCGCCUCCUUUAUUUAGCAGUAGAGCUGUACUGUAGAAACCAUCUUGCUGGAGUCGUGUUCAGCCAUUAGCGGGCUAAAAGGAUCAGGAGGAGUUUCUGGACACACACACGCACACGCACACGCACACACACACACAGCCUCCCUUUACAUGGUAAAUAGAAACCAGUCCCCCUGGCUGCCCCCCCUUACUGACUGAUGGUGUGGCGACAGCCGAGCGUAGCCAACUUGAAUCUCCUCUUAAGAGCCUCUCAACCCAACAUGGCAGCAGACAUUGUGGCCAUCAGAAUCACCCCCCUCCCCAAACAAGAAAACAGAUGCGUGGCAUCCACGGCUGACCGCCAACUCGCCCCGCCCGGGUGAAUGUGGACCACCAGGUGGCGCUGAACAUCGAUUAGAGAUGCCCCCUCCUGACUGGGGAGACAUUUCCUCUUUAUUUUAUUUUUGUAUCACUUUGUUUUGAAGGUGGCGUCGUGUGGGGGUCCGAGGGGGCAUGUGUGAGCGGUGCUCUUACUUUUUAGUUUGUGCAGGUUUACAGCGACGCUCAUAUGAAUUAUUAUUAUUGCAUUCAGUUUGUGUUGAGCUCUAGCAGGCUCCUCCCACUUAUUCUAAUAAAGGUCGCCAUCACGCCAGCCAGUGUGCACAUGUUAACAUUUAUAUAUCAACUUAACCAAAUGGACUUGUAUAGAUAGAUCAAAUAUUUACUUUGGCUGGAAAGACCACCCCUUACGUGUCCCCCCAAAAGGCAUGUUAGAUGUUCUAAAGAAGAACGUCCCCCUCUCAGCAGUUCAAAUUGAUGUCUAAACAUCUCAGGAGCCAAAAUAACCCCUCCCCCUUUUUUGUUGCUUCGUUUGUUCUAGAAGGUGAUGUCCAACAAUCAUCUUUGUCCUUGACCUUGUCUUAUUUAAAGGAAGUAGGACAUAGCGCUGCCAGGCUGCCACUUCCCAUCAUGCUUGGCAGCAAAGAAACCGUGUGCACCCCUCCCCCAUGCGCACUGUGCGUGUAAUAUUCCCAUGAGUGAAUAACCAAAUACUUUUGAGCAGGAUGACGUCGUGGCCACACAUCCGUGCUCUUGUUUGGCGUCACCAAGCUUUUCUGUACUUUGGGUUGUGAUGCGUUUGCAAAAAAGGCGAGCGAUCGCGUUUAGCCAACUUCUUAGACAGUGUGUUGUCUGUUUGAGACCUAUGCAUGCCAUAGUACAGUGCUGGUAAGUUAGAUGUCUUCUUUCCUUUUCUUUCUCCUUCAGCUGCUGGACGCCUGCACAAACAUCACUUGACAGGAAGUUCACGGCUGUGCGUCCAUUUGGCCAAAAUGAUGUGCAAUUUGUGUGAGGGUGACAAGAUUUUUAUUAAAGAUGACAAAUAAUCCUUUA